AUGUCAAAUCCAGAGGCUGUUCAGAAGAAUAAUACCCUACGAUCAUUCCUCACCUCGCUUGGUCUCAAUGCUGGCCUCCUCGUUCUCCAGACUGGGUUCUUCGUCUUCCUGAAGAGCAGGUUAACUCGUGUCUAUGCUCCACGAAGCUACCUACCCCCUGAGAACUUGAGAGCCGAACCUCUGGCAAAAGGUCCCUUCAGAUGGUUCUUACAGACAUUAACUACACCAAGUAAAACAAUCAUUCAGUCGAAUGGCUUGGAUGCCUACAUGAGCAUCCGGUUUUUCGAGAUGAUGAUGAAGAUAUUCGCGGUCUUUACACUCGUAACCUGGCCCAUACUCAUGCCUGUCAACGCUGUCGGGUUCCCACCUCGCGGCGACGGCCUGGCCCGCUUCACGUUUGGAAAUAUCGACGACCGUCACAUGUCUCGGUACUGGGCUCAUUGUCUGAUCGCAUUCGGCCUGACAAUUUUCGUCCUCUGGCUUAUGCGACGGGAGCUCUUGAUCUACACGCAUCUUCGACAGCAAUUCCUUAUCAGCCGUGAUCACUCAAGACUGGCCCAGGCCAAAACGGUUUUAAUCACGUCGCUCCCAACCGAAGCAUGCGACGAGCAUUACCUGAGACAGCUCUUCUCCUUUGUUCCCGGUGGAAUCAACCGUAUUUGGGUUUAUAGAAAUGUACCCCAUCUGGCGGAUGCAUACGAGGAGCGAGAACAACUCUGCCUCAAGCUCGAAUCGGCCACGACUUCGCUCCUGCAGACAGCUAUCAAGGCGCGAGUGCAACAGGAGGACAAGGCAGAUCGUCUCAAGCGCAAGGAAGACCGCAAGCAGAGAGGACCCCGUCGAUCUUUCCCCAUUGGCGUACGAGCCUAUGCAGAUGACGAGGGUCUCGCUGGGGACAUGGAGAAGAUUGGAGCAGAGAAGCUUUUGGACAAUAUUCAUCGGCCGAUGCAUCGUCUUGGCUGGAUUCCAUUUAUUGGCAAGAAGGUGGACACUAUCGACUACUGCCUCGAAAACAUCCAACGACUCAAUGGAGAGAUUAAAGAUGCCAGAGCCAAGCUGGGUGAAGCUAAACCUUUGGGCGCUGCUUUCAUCCAGUGCAAUCUGCAGAUUGGUGCUCACGUCAUGGCACAAUGUGUCGCCUAUCACGAGCCUAUGACUAUGGACCGCAUGAUUGAAGUCGCCCCAGAUGACGUCGUAUGGAGGAACAUUGACGAUGGUGCAUACGAGCAACGAAGUCGUUACGUGCUCUCUUGGCUCGCAACUAUAGCCCUCUUGAUCGCCUGGGGUUUCCCGGUUGCACUCGCAGCCUUUGUGUCAAACACGCAAGACUCUUGUCAGAAAUACUCAUGGUUGCGAUGGAUCUGCCGUCUUCCUACGAUCCCACAGGCUUUGAUUCAGGCAGUUUUCCCACCACUGCUCUUGAUCGUUCUCUUCGUCAUCCUACCUUUCCUUCUCAAGGGCCUCGCGUGGUUUGAAAAUAUCCCGAGGUGGUCUCUUAUUUCGCUUGCCGUCUACCGCCGUUACUUCAUAUUUUUGGUCGUGCACGGUUUCCUCCUUAUCACAUUCUUUUCCAUUCUGCCAGACCUACUUCAAGAGCUUGAUCGACCAAGUCUCAUUUUGAAAAACUUUUCCUCAUACUUGCCGAACGCUAGUACAUUCUUCCUUACCUACAUGCUCCAACAAGGGUUGAUGGGCGCUGCUGGUGCCCUCCUUCAAGCCGGACCUUUGAUUCUCUACUUUAUCAAGAAGGUAUUCUUCGGAAAUACACCAAGAGAGGCAUUCGAGGCGACCUUCAUCAUGCCAUCCUUUGAUUUCGGUACCGUUCUUCCGCGUAUGAGCUUGCUUGCCACUAUAGCAUUUGCAUAUGCCGUCAUCUCACCGAUCAUCAAUUUGCUCGCAUGCCUCACAUUUGCCUUGUUCUGGGUCAGCUGGAAGUUCCUUCUUAUCUGGGUCAUGGACCAACCCGCAGCGCAAGAAACUAGUGGCCUCUAUUUCCCUCUUCUUAUUGAGAACCUCUGCAACGUUCCUCAAGGUGUGCUCAUGAUUCUUCUUAUUGUAAUCACGGCCGGCACGCAAAUCUUCUUCAACCACGCGUUUGAUCCCGUGUCCGAGUUUAUACCCAUGUCUCUCUCGACUAAGAAGCUGGUCGAGAGGUUCCAGAAAGAAAAGGCAGGAACAUCUGCUGCGCUCAAUGUUACGAGUCCAGAUAAAGAUGGUGCUGUUGGGACCUCGACCGCUGUUGAGGUGCAGAACGGCGGAGAUGAAAUUGAUCUUUUCUCUCGGGAGAGAGUGCGAAGCGUCGUCCGACACAAGUUGAAGCUCCGCCCAUCUAUCCGCGGGCAUCGUCAUAUCCCUACCAAGGAGGAAACCGAAAGGGAAGAUGCAAAGCGACUCGAGGCGGAGCAAUCGAGGCGGGAAGCGGAUCAAAAGGCACAGAACAAGGCUGCGGAGUUGAUGAAUCCGGAAGCUGGUCCUUCAAGUCCAGCAAACGGCCUAGCUUCGCCAGCCGCGGAUCCUGCUAUGUCUCGAGUCUCCGUCGAUUCUAAAGGAAAAUCGUCUGAAAAGUCUGCAAAGGGGACUAGCAAGCUUCUGGGCGCACUCGCCGCGGCCAAGCCGGACGCUAUUAAGAUUGAUGCAGCAGCCAAGGCGAACCGUGCUGAUGAUAUGGACGAUGACGAUGAUGACCUGGAGGAGAAUUCUUUCAACCAUCCCUCCACGUAUCUCCCGCAGAGGUGGAUCUGGCUGCCGCGCUGGGAGCGAUACCCACUAUCUGAGGAGCUCGUCAAGGAGUACCGCAGUCAUUUAGUGGAUGCGUCCGACCUGGGCGCUACCAUUGACGAUGGAGGUAACUGCACGGUGACGCGCGGACCGCCUGACGAGGAUUGGGCUGGUGGAUUUGAUCACUAG